UUAUCAAUUUCUUUUUGCACAUUUUUCUUUGUUUGCCUUUUUGCUUUCCUCUUUUUUUAUGUUAUUAUUCAAUUAAAUUCUUUCUCAUUUAGAAACAUCUACAAAGACUACAAAGAAUUGGAAUUGAGUGCCAAAAACUUGGAUGAUGUUGAAGCUUGGAAAGCAUCGUUUUUGAGAGCUGGUGUUUAUCCAGAGAAGGAUCAUCAACCAAUUAGUGACGAAAAUGGAGACACUGUAGAAUCUGCAAGCAGUAUGGACCCAGCAUUAGAACGCCAAGUGGAAACAAUUCGUAAUUUGGUUGACUCUUAUAUGCGAAUUAUUACGAAAACAAUUCGUGAUUUGGUGCCGAAAGCAAUAAUGCAUCUUAUAGUGAAUAGAAUGUCAGAUUUUUUGCGCGAUGAAUUACUUGCUGGGCUUUACCAACAUGGAGGGGACACGGAUCAAUUAAUGGAGGAAUCUCCAAUAGAAGCACAAAAACGAGAAGAAAUUCUUCGAAUGUAUCAUUCUUGUAAAGAGGCACUUCGAAUCAUUAAUGAUGUUAAUAUGACCACAAUGUCUACUGAUAUGCCACCACCAGUUAUGAAUGAUUGGCGGAACAAUUCUUCUCCAGUCCCCCGCCCAGCACCUGCACCUCCAGGAAAUCAAAUCCCAGCUAAUCGACCGGCUCCAAUGCCUCCAAUGGGUGUAGCUCGACCGAUGGGUGUUGUUGGAGGACCGGGUGUUGUUGGAGGUCCACCAAUGCCUAUUCAAAAUCGACCACUCCCUGGACCUCCUGGACAAGCGCCAAUGCCUCCAAUACAUACAAAUAACAUGGAUAGACCACGCAUUCCAGAACGACCUCAAAUCCCAAGUCGACCUUUUUAG